AUGGCCGGCGCUGUCCGUCAGCCAAUUGAUGUGCCCGCCCUCGAGCGUUACCUCGAGCGAACUGUUCCUUCGAUUAAAGUCCCCCUGGGUGUUAAACAAUUUGGAUUUGGGCAAUCCAACCCUACCUACCUGCUCACAGCGUCGGAUGGACAACAGCUCGUGUUGCGGAAAAAGCCGCCCGGCAGGCUUCUCUCGAGAACAGCGCACCGGGUAGAUAGAGAGUACCAGAUCAUUCAUGCGCUCCACAAGACGGACGUCCCGGUUCCCGAGGCCAUUUGCUUGUGCGAGGAUGACAGCAUCAUCGGCACGGCGUUCUACAUCAUGGAGUUCUUGAAUGGGCGUAUAUUUACCGACCCUUCGAUUCCGGACGUUAGCCCAGCAGACAGAAAAGCGAUAUGGAAAGACGCGGUGGAGACGCUGGCGAAGUUUCACCGACUGAACCCAAAAUCUAUUGGCAUGGAAAAGUUCGGCCGACCGUCUGGUUUCUAUGAUCGGCAAAUUGCUACGUUCCGGACGAUUUCCAAGGCACAGGCCAACAUAGCCGAUAUCGAAACCAGUAUUCCCGUGGGGGAUUUGCCUCAUUUUGACGACAUGGUGGAGUUUUUCUCCAAUAAGGACUGGCAGCCGAAGGAUCGAGGCACGUUUGUUCACGGCGAUUAUAAAAUCGACAAUAUGGUGUUCCAUAAGACAGAGCCCAGGGUGAUUGGGGUGCUGGACUGGGAGAUGGCGACUAUCGGGCAUCCCCUAUCCGAUUUCUGCAACUUGACAGGGCCAUAUCUGCACCCGAGUGGAGCUCCCAACAGCAUAAAGUUCUCGCCUGGCGACGUCCCUGGCCUCCCUACUAGGGAGGAGUGUAUCCAAUGGUACAGCCAGAUUGCGGGGUGGAAUCCCACGUCGGAGCUGCUCUGGGGGGAUGCGUUCUAUGGGUUCCGCGGGUCGGUGAUCAUGCAAGGGAUAGCAGCGCGGUAUGCGGUGCGGCAGGCGAGUAGUGCGCACGCCAGGGAGUAUGGAAAGCAGAUGGGGCCGUUUGCUGUCCGUUCAUAUGAGAAAGUUAAACAACUGAAGGAUGAGGCGCUGCGAAGGAACAAGCUCUAG